AUGGAAGCCGAAGGUUUCUCAACCCUGACAAUAUUCAUCCUUGUGCUUCUGUCACUAAUUGCUGUCUUCGCAGUUCUUGGCAAUGGGUUCGUUCUUGGUGUCGUUGCCCGGUUUGAGAAGCUUCGCACCUUUCCAAACAUUCUAAUUGCUAAUCUGGCGUUGGCCGACCUUAUGAACGCGCUAGUCAACAUACCUAUCUACGUGCUCUGGGGCGUACUGAAUGUCAAAUGGUUUAGUGGAAAGACUUCAGCGAUUAUUUCGCUGUUUCUGUCCCACUUGUUUAUCCUGGUCAACGUUGUCUGCAUGUUGGUGCUGCUGGUAAAUGUGUUUCUAGCGAUAGCGCUGGACCUGAGAUAUUUCACAUGGAAGACGAAUAAAAAAGCCUUAGCAAUAGACCUAGCUGUGUGGUUGGUCUGUCUUACCUGCACUGGUUUGUUAUCGUGGUCCAUCUCUGAUAUUGAUCUUCAAGAUGCUUCUGUUUUCAAAUAUCGUCGUUCCUUUGUUACGGAAGCCAAAUUUAUUUCCUCAGCCAUUGGCGCAACGUUCGUUGUCACUGCAGUGGUAUUUGGUGUCCUUGCCUUCUGCUCAAUUAAAAGGAAGUUUCGGAAGGUGAGUCAGGGAAGGGUCUUUACCAAGCAAGCUCUAGUCCUAUAUUUAGCCAAACAAAAGUCUUUCGAUUCGAAAGUUAUUCUUAGUCAAAACACAUAGUACAAAUACUUUUUUUGCUACAAACUAAACUAUUGAGUCGGGGGCACCCAACGACGGUUUCCUCCUAACUACAUAGAAAAAACUUUUUAGGCUAUCCAUAGUACUUUUAGAUCUCUAGUAAUGCAUUCUAAGUGGCGCUAUAAAAUUUGUAUCUGUUUGGUCAUCCCAAAAUUACAUGGGCUUCAGUAUUAUUUUUCCGAAAUUUUUGGAUGCAAUUUAACGUAUUACGAAAGUGAGAGAAAAAAUUCCUCUCUCUAACACAUUUUUGAAUCCGAAAAUUUUAGGUUUCCUUUUUAGAACGAAAAAUAGCCUAAUCUGGACAGUGAAAUGUGAAAAAUUAAACUUCAGAAAAUCGUAGUGAAUUUAAGAUAAGCUUCAAAAAUUGUACAUGAAUAGAACGGUCCUCUCGAAAUUUUUAGCCGUUCUCAAGUAAUAGAACAUUCUAGGCAAUAUUUGCUUCUCCGAACAGAUAUUUCACAGAAAACAGUCGUUGGGUGGCCCUGUUGAGUGGUCAAACGAAAUUUUGGGUUCAGUUUUCAGCAUUUUUGCUGGAAUUGAGAGCAGCCCUCUUUGAAAGUCAUCGACUAUUUUAAAGUACCCAAUUUAAUAGACUGUUCACAGUCCCCUAUUUUUUCGUAGCGCGUCUUACCGUUAAUGGAGGCCAUCUUGAUUUUCAAAUGUACCGAAGGGGGGGAGGCCGUCGGGGAUUAUAUCUGUAGGGGGAGGGGGGCGAGAAAAUUUUUCUCGCUUCCUCCCAAACCCCCCCCUCCCCCGCCGCCUAAGUAAUUUUGACACUCAUGCAAGAUGGCACCCCGUAACGCAAAGCGCUCGAUGUCGACGAUCUUACGGAAAAAUGGAGGACUGUGAACAGUCUACCAAUUUAAUAACAAAGCAGAGACAUUUAAGUCUUGUAUUUACCCGUUCUGAUUGCAGCAACAUGCUAAGACCUGCUAACAGACUCUAAAAGUGAUUCAAGAUUUUUGUAACGGAUCAGGAACAAUUUUUCUGAUUGGGCUUGAGGGCUAGGACUAUUCAGUAAGGCUUCUUUAUUAGUCUUAGGCUCGAAUUUGAUAAAGCAGUCAAACAAGGCUCUUCCAACGCUUGCAAAGUCUCAGGUGAAUUAACCUAUGACCCCCUUUUACUCUAACCUGAGAUCAGGACCAAUUUUAGCGGUUCUCAUACAGUCUCUCUAACGACUUACCACUAAAAAUUCUCUUUUCGUUUCGCCUUGCCCACCGGAAUGUUAUUUACAGAGCGAAACGAAAUUUGAGCCUGAUCUCAGGUUACUUUUGCUCGAGCUUCCGUAAGAGGAAGAGUCUUUAAAAUGCAAGCCAAAAGGGUAGUCAUGGUAACAGGCGUUCUUAGCGGAAAAUGUGACAAUCUGGGGAUGAGAAUUGCCGGCACAACAUAAAAUUUUCAAAACGCCAUGUUUUUUGAAGAAAGCUUUAGAAAUAUUAAUGUAAAAGUGUCUAGCUUUUCCGUAACUCGUCGGUUCGUAAAUUAUCAGAUAACGCAAGGAGCCAUAAAGAUCAACGCUUGAAAGCGUUGAUCACUUUGAUGGAAGUAAACACCUCAAUUUUUUUUAUUUCGAUGAUGUAGCCGCAAACAACAGCAACUCUUCUUUUCAAUAUCCUGUUUCUUUUCCCUAUAGAUAUACACUAGUGUUUCAAAAAUAACUGUUUUGAAUCUCAAAUGAAUCUCAGUUAAAAAUACAAUCGAUCGUGACCAUCAUUAAAAAUCUACUAAGGGCAGACUUGCACACACAUCGCUUUAAAAAAAGUUAGAUUCGACGAGCAUCUCUGUAUAUGGAAUAACAGAUAUAUUUGCACUGACUACAAUCAAAUAUUCGUACAAUGUUGCCAACCAUAAAGAAUUGCAUGGAAGUCGGCUUAACAGUUUUGUUUUCAAUCCACCAAAGCAAAGGCAGUCAUUGGCUACUAAGUAACCUGAAUACCCAGCCGGCGGGUUUUCUUCCUUUUACAUUGCUGGAAAAUUCUUUGUGUUGCCUUGAUCGCUUAAGAGCUAAAUAACCGCUCUACCUCUAAUCUUCCUUUUUGCUGUUAAAUGGAAGACUAAGCUAAACUUGUCUAAGUAAAUAGCUUUAAAAGUGCCCCAUUGGUUUUGGAAAGGCUUGUCUAGUAUUUCUUGGUAAAAGAUUAUGUCAAGGAGAUAUUAUUUGUUUUGAUUAACGACGUACGUAUUUUUGCCACACCUCUUGAGAAAAUGCAAAGAAUAAGCAGCACAUAUACGCUGGUUAAAUACCGGUCAGUCAAGCUAGCCCGCGUGGCAGACAAAACUAAAUCGCCUGUAUAGGACUAUACCAAGAGCCCAUAACCUGGAGUGAACAACUUCCAUGCGCCCAUGUCACGGCGUUUUCAGGGAUCAGUUUAUUUUUAGAAAGGUUUUGUCCCGAAUUUUGAAUAUCUUUUAAAUUCUACUAACCAGUCAGCAAAACAUACAGACCUAAAAUGAUUUUGUUUUCCUUUUUGAUAUCUUAUACUUCGAAUGCGCUCAUAAACAUGGUGGAGAGUCUGUUUUCGCGGGAAAAAGUGCUCUAAAAUGUGUCUAAAAGUAAAGUGGUCCGCGAAAACGCCAUAACAUACGGGCCUAGUAUGGGAGUUGCUCGCUCUGGGUUAUGGGCUAUUAACUAUACCAAUGGCCGGAUGCGUGGGUCCGCUGCAACGCAGGCUAAGUAGAGCGGGAUUUAGUUAAAUUUAAGAAUUUAAAAUAAACAAAAUAAAAUAAUGUGGUCCAUAUUUCAACAUUCCUUAAAAUGCAUUGCAAUCAACCAAUGAUAAAUUAUCUAUCUCGUUGUAUUUAUAGAGAAAGCAGCUUAAUCUUGCCUCGACUCCAGGCAGAGGCCAGACUUCAACUGGAUAUCCAGGCUGCCAAGACUGUUGCCUUUACAAUACUGGCAUUCUUUGUAUGUUAUAUCCCCCCUGUCUGCAUUGCAAUUUUGGUUCCUCCCGAACCCGAUGCCACCGCUGCCAGUUGGCCUGAUCAUGUGGCCCAGCUUAGCUUAUUCCUUCCCAGCGGGACCAAUCCUUUUAUCUACUGUUUCCGAGCCAGAAGGUUUCGCCAAGCACUGAAACAGCUUUUUCAAGAUCCCUGUGGAAAAACCGCUUUCCGAGAAACAGACCAAGAGAAAAGAGUCCAACAGAAUGUUCCACCUCAGAAUGCAAGAGUAGCUGAAAAAGGCAAAAAAAUUGCGAAUGAACUUGGCGAGCCACUGCAAGAUCCAUCAGCUUUCCCAUCCAAGAGCUACACACGUCAACUGGGUCUCGGAGAACGAGGCUGUAAGAAGGUGGAAAACAGUAGAAAGAAACGUAAAGAGAGAAGAGCGCGCUCUUUCAAUCAGGUCACGCGCUUCUCUCCACAAGAUGUACAACCUCAGAUCAUCCCACGGUUAGCAUGGGUUGAUAACCACCCCGCAGACUCUUCCGGGAUACGCUCCGAUGAAGAAAAUCCGACGUGCAGAGAGGAUUAUACACAAAAUAAAAUAAUUGUGGAGGUACAUCCAGAACCUAAAGAUCGAUCAGCGAAACAGAAAAAUGAAGAAAACCUCACAACACCUAAUGAGAACAGUUCCAAAGGGGAAGAAGGUUUUGCAAUGGUUCAGUCUGAUUCCAGGGACGGUCAAUCAAAUCAUAAAAUGAUAAAAAGCCUAAUGGUUAUUGUAGAUUACCAUGGACACGCAAUUGUGGAAAUGUCUGUGUUGUCUGAAACAGAUCCUAUGAGCCAUUUAUCAAACACCAUAAUUAUGGAGAGUCCUGCGGCUAAUGAGGACAAUGCAAGAGAAGUUGUCGCGGACGUUAAUUUAAGUUCAACAGACGACCCAUCACAGGAGAAAAUUGCAGAAAGUCCAACUGCCUCUGCCGAUUACGCAACACGGAUCUCCUCAGAUACUAAAGGUCCUAAAGCACAACCAAUAAACCAGGAAAACGUGGAAAUUCAACUAGAUUUCUCAGAGGAAGUCUUUGUAGAGGACAAUUUAUUACCCAAGGGCGUAGCUUCAAACGGGAAUAUUGUGGAACACCCACCAUCCGAGGCAGAUUGUGUGAUACAGGCUGAGACCCUUAAACCGUGA